UUAAGAUCUGUGUGUGACAUCAGUCAGCUGUUCUGUCACUUUUAUUUAUAACGUGUCUCUGUUUGUUUGUUUCAGAAAAUCUGCCAACACUCCACAAGAGUCUUCCAGACAUCAUGUCCCUCCUUUAUAUUUCCAUCUUAUGGGUCUGUGCCUGUGUGGACAGUGUAGAAUCUCUGGUUACUGUAUCAGCUCCAGUGGGUUCCACAGUCAUCCUGCCGUGUAAAGUGACCGGACUCUCUGCCCAAUCGACACAUUUUCGGUGGAGCACUGGAUAUGUGAUAGUGUUUGAGCGAAGCAUGUAUGGUAGCAGGGUGAGUUCAGGAUAUGAAGGACGUGUGGAUGUUCCUGUGGAUGAGCUGCGUAAAGGAAACUGUUCCCUGGUGUUGAAGGACGUCAGAAUCACUGAUGAUCGUUUUUACAAAACGUUUUCGGUGGAACUCAGGUACAAUAGGCGACCUAACAUAUGGAGAGAAAUUAAAAGAGUUGAUCUCUCAGUCGAUGUGGUUUGGAACAUAACAGCCCAAGAAGGUUCCACAGCUGUCCUGCCGUGUAAAUGGAGCAAUCUGCCUGUCCAAACACCUCACGUUCAGUGGUUUAUCGAUUCUGAGAUUGUGUUUGAGCGAAAGGGUAAAGAAUCGUUUGAUGGUGAAGGAUAUGAGGGUCGUGUGGACGUUCCUGAGGACGAGCUUCUUAAAGGAAACUGUUCCUUAGUGUUGAAGAACGUCAGUGUUAAUGAUGCUGCUGUCUACAGAAGCUCUUUGUUACUGAAAAACAAAGAGGAAACACGCUUGGUUCAGAUGGUUACUUUCUCUGUUGAUGCAAAACCCCAAAAAAAGGAAGACGUAACACCAGCUCCCUCAGGUGAAGCAGGAAUAAAUUGCCCUCAUCCUCUGAUCCUCAUCAUGUCCUUCCUCAUGUGUUUACUUUUCGCACGUUGAGGAAACUUCAGUGUGAUCACGAGUACAGAACCUUCUGUGAGCCGAGAGAUUCGCCUUAUAAAGUACAGAAUCUAUUUUACAAAGAGAAAAGCAACAAGGAUCAUUUCAAUGUUCUUCAAUUGUGAGGAGAACAUUUCAGUUUGAUGCCCAGAAUAAGCUGUGAUGCUGAUGUAACCCACUUGAAU